AUGGCACCUCGGAAACUCAGCAGAGGCUCUAAGGCUGGGAAACCCACUGAGGGCAUCUGCAUGGAUGUGACCUGUAGCCUCAGGAUCACAGGUCCCCGGUGGCAUAUAGACCUCCAGCCUUGGGCAGGCCCUACUCAGUCUCUGGAUGAAGAAGCCUUGAGGUUCCUGAGAUAUAUCAGCACCACCCAGAUUGUAUGUGAUCACGUGAACACGGACAGCCUGACUACCAACUCCAGCCCUGCAAAGAAGCCCUGGUUGGUUUGUCUCGAUGACAGGUUUGGCUUAGCUCAUCAGAUCCGCAACAAGCAGUGCCGUCUGUAUUCUUUAGGGUUGGGAAGCGAUGAUACCCAUUUUGAAGUUAGCAUGGCCAACAAUGGAUGUGAAGUGCAUCGUUUUGAUCCUAGUGUUAAAUCAGCUCACAUUCUGGAGAGUCAGCGCCUUUGGCAUCACCGCUUGUCCAUUGACUGGCGGGACCCCCAUCCAGCUGUUGCUGCCCAAAAACCGCAUAGCAACACCAGAAAACUGAGAACCAUUUUGAAUGAAUUUGGGCAUCACAAGAUUGAUAUUCUCAAAGCAGAUCUGGAAAGUGCAGAGUGGAAAGUUUUGGAAAAUCUUAUUCUGGAAGAUGUUCUUGAACAGAUCGGACAGCUCAUUUUUGAGAUCCAUCUCCACUGGCCUGGGUUCGAGAUCAGUGGCAGCGAUAGCAGUGUUGUGCGGUUCUGGUACAGCCUCCUCAAAGAGUUAGAACUGAAGGACUUCAGGCUUUUUCACAGUUACAAAGAUUUAUCUAAACCUCAGCUAUUCCUGAAGAAAGACAUUUUUAAUGCAAGUAGCUGUUAUACCCUGAGUUGGGUAAAUACGAGAUGGAAAUAG